UGUAAGUAAACAGUUAAAACACAAAAUCAACACACACAAACACAUACACUUGUAAAAUACCUAUCAAUUCCCAAUGGCAUCACCCUUGACCAUGACCUCCUCGUUCUUUGGUGGCGCCGUCGCCGCGAAGCCGGCCGCGGCCACCACCCGUUGCGGCCGACUGGCUGUAAGGGCCUCGAUGGAAUUGGAGAAGGCGGUGGAGAAGAGGAGCAACACGAGACGGGGCCUCAUGUUGGCUGCAGCGGGCGCAGCAGCAGUGUCGUCCGUCGUGAAGGUCGCGAUGGCCGACGAUAAAAACACGUUAGCCGGCGGCUGGACGGAGAUCCCCGAUACAAACUCACAGGAGAUUUUACUAUACGGAAUAUUCGCAGUGUCGGAAUACAACAAACAGAAUAAUAAGUCCUUGACAUUCGAGUCCGUGUUAAAGGCUGAGAAGCAGGUGGUGGCUGGUGUGAACUACAGGCUGUUGCUCGCCGCGGGGGAUGAGCUACGCCCAUCCGGCACUUACCAGGCCGUUGUAUACAACCAGGCCGCGCCGACAUCCCUACAUCUCACUUCCUUCGUCGGAAUUUCUCGCUAGCUAGCUUUUGGGAUUGUGUAUCAGUUAACAAAGUGUGUGAAAUAAAAUAUCCCUCUUUUCUUGGCA